AUGAAUAGCGGAGAGAAGCAAGAUAAUCUUCAAGCCUGGGGCCAACAACCAUCGUCAAGUUAUUCAAAUACCCAACAACAGCACGGACAAAUCACUGGUCAAAUUCCCCUCACAAUUACUAACCAAGUCGAAGCACACGACAACGAUUUUCACAUGCAAGAUGCGUCGAAUGACGAGCUUGAAAAGUCAAAAAAGAUAGCGGAGCAACCGACGGAGCAUCCACAGCAACAUCACCAGCAACAACCAGCAGUGCCACGUUUCCCGCCACAAAGUCGGCAGCCACAAGCCAUUCUGAGAUUCCCACAACCCCCAAUCACCUCGAUUAACAAGGCCAACAAUUCGAAUUCGCAGAAUUUCUUCCCACAGCAAGAGGUUCUACAAAGUCGCCCGAAGAAGCAUCGAGUCUCAAUGACGAAUGCAGAAGCAGCUAAUACUCCCGGAAUGCCUCCGGAAAAGCUACCAGCCAAGAAGCUGUCUGCGGAUAGUCAACGACCACUGUUCCGAGAUUCCAAUGUAUUCCAAAGAAGCGCAGGUCAAUUCACAAAUGAUAAUGGCCCAUCAAGCUCGUCUGCAAUAGUGGGAGCCCCAUUUGAUGCAAAUUCUUCAUCAAAACCAGUGCACAUUCAACAAUUUCGCAAUCCCAAUGACGCACCCGUCACAAAACUGACCAGUGAUCUCAUCAAAACCUACAAGGCUAUUAACGAAAAGUUUCAGUCUUUCUACCUUCGCAAAAACGUUCGACGCAGCACGGUCGGCCGCCAUACAAGCCUCGAUUCCAGUGGCAAACCAAAAACCGGUAAAGAAGCUUCCUCCUCUGACGCAAACCUGAUUGAAACGUUCUCAAUUCACAACGCGGUACCAAACACGAGUUCGAGUGGCAAUCAGCCACAUUAUGAUUCUCAUGUGAAUGCUCCCCCACUUCUUGACACCAACGCUCCACCAACGUCUACAAUGGUCGUUCCAAUGCGAACGGAAACCGAAUCGCAGCAGCAAAUGCGUCAGAAGAGUAGCCGUGGCGGACCGUACAACAACGGGUACGACGAUCAAAACUAUGACUACAUUCUCAAAAACGGGGAAAUCUUUGACAAACGUUAUGUCAUUUUGAGUGACACUCCAGUUGGAAAAGGAUCGUUCGGGCAAGUCACCAAAGCUUACGAUACUGUAACCAAAGAAGAAGUGGCUAUUAAGAUUAUUAAGAAUAAGAAGACGUUCUUCGACCAAGCACAGAUUGAAAUCCACCUUUUAGAGCUGACCAAUGCUCAUGAUAAAGAUAAUAAGUAUAAUAUUGUUACCCUCAAAGGCCACUUUGUACAUCGUGCUCACUUGUGCUUGGUAUUCGAGCUGCUCUCUUACAAUCUCUAUGAUCUUUUAAAAAAUACCAACUUCCGUGGAGUCUCCCUCAAUUUGGCUCGCAAAUUUGCUCAACAACUCGGUAAAACCCUCCUGUUCCUUUCCUCACCCGAACUCUCAAUCAUUCACUGCGACUUGAAACCUGAAAAUGUGCUGCUCGUUAACGCCAAGCGAUCUCAAAUUCGUGUCAUUGAUUUUGGAUCAUCCUGUCAAACAGGUCAUAGGAUUUAUCAAUACAUUCAGUCGCGAUUCUAUCGUUCGCCAGAAGUUCUGCUUGGUAUCGCGUAUGACACGAAAAUUGAUAUGUGGUCGCUUGGAUGCAUUCUCGUUGAAAUGCACACCGGAGAGCCACUCUUUGCUGGGUCAUCGGAGGUAGAUCAAAUGAUGAAGAUUGUUGAAGUUCUUGGAAUGCCACCAAAGGAAAUGUUGGAUAUCGGGCCUAAAACUCACAAGUAUUUCGACAAAACCGAGGAUGGAAUCUACUAUUGUAAGAAGACUCGAGACGGAUAUCGACACACCUACAAAGCUCCGGGAGCAAGAAAAUUGCACGAGAUUUUGGGUGUGACUUCUGGAGGACCAGGAGGACGACGUCUCGGAGAGCCAGGACAUUCUGUUGAGGACUACAGCAAGUUCAAGGAUCUGAUCAAGAGAAUGUUGAACUUUGACCCGAAACAACGCAUUCUCCGUACUACGUUGUUCCCUGUCUCUCACACCGCGUACAAUCAGAACCUUUACCAUCAGCAGCAAAUAGAUCAAGUCCCAGCUGUUGGAUCGGUGUACAUUGAGGAUAACGGGAUGUAUCGCCCGGUUCCCACUUCCUCCCAUCCCAUUUCCGUGACCUCCUCGUUCGACGAUGGGGAUGUGAUUGAGAUCGAUCCCAAUAGACGCCGCUACUCGCAACAGAACUACCACAAUCCCAAUUAUCAGUACUCUCAGCAGCCGCAGUCGUCUUCUCAACAACAACAACAGCAGUAUCAGCAGUCUCAAAGAGCACAAUUGGAGAAACAACAGCAGCUCCAGCAACAGCAGCAACAGCAGCAACAACAACGACAGCACCUCUCGCACCAACCAUCUCAAUCUGUCCAGCAACAUUCCAGCUCUUCAUCUCGUUCCCGUCCCAGACAACAGGAUCAGGCUGAAUGGAGAACACAGCUAGAGCUCGAAGAAGCUUUCAAGCAGCGCAAGGCUGAGGAAGCCACGGCUCCAAGAUCCCUGCAAUACAACCCACAACAGGUAGUAGGCGUACAAUUGAUAAAGCGAGUGUUGAUAUCAAAAUUAUUUCAGGGAAGUAUGAGUCAUGGGAAUGUGAAUGCCGGCAGCAGUCGAGACAUGGAGAAGCACGACUACCCAAACAACAAACUUUGA